UAGGCUACAAGCAAACAAGAUGGUGGCCUUUUCUUCUGUGGAUAGCGAUUCGCCAGCUGCUAUUCUUGGCACUCUUGCAGCAGGUGCUUUGUUACAAUAUGGAUUCGCCGCAUAUUGCAGUUGGAAAGAACGUUCAACGUAUCGUUUUGUUGGGCGAGUGGCAGAAUUGUAUGUGUAUCCUGUGAAAUCUUUUGGAGGUUUAUCUGUUCAGAGUGCAAAGUGUACUAAAGUUGGUCUCGAGUAUGGGAAUGUUACCGAUAGACAUUGGACAGUGUCUACUAGCAAUGGUGUCUACCUAACACAACGACAGGAACCAAAAAUGGCACUGAUAAAAACCAGUCUACAUGGUGAUAUGAUGCAUUUAGAUGCACCAGGAAUGAGAACCUGUCGAAUACCAAUAAAACCAAAACUGAAUAAAUCACAAUUGAGUAAAGUUACCGUCAAAACAGAUACAGUUCAAUCAUUAGACUGUGGUGAUGACGUAGCAAGUUGGCUGUGUCGUUAUUUCCAGAGAGAAGGUCUCCGUCUUCACUUUUCAGAAGCUACUCUAGAAAAAAGAGAUUCGUCUAAAGCUCAGAAAAACUGGUCGCAUCCGGCUCUUGAAGGCGAUCUUACAGCUUUCUCGGAUUACUGCUCAUAUAUGGUUUUAUCCAACUCUUCUUUAAAUCAACUCAAUGAGAGGUUAGCCAAACCUGUUCCAAUUCUCAAUUUCCGAGCCAAUAUUAUUGCUGACGGCUGUGAAGCAUUUGCUGAGGACAGCUGGAGUAAAAUCCAGAUUGGUGAAGCAAAAUUACGAGCAUUAGACGCAUGUACUCGAUGUGUUCUUGUUACUGUUGAUCAGUUUAAAGGUGAAAAGGAUAAACAAGAAGAACCGCUAGCAACAUUGAAAAAAUUUCGAUUAAAGGAUCCAUAUGGACCAAAACCAGCCUUUGGAAUCAACUUUACUUUGGAUGCACCCGGCCAGAUCAACGUUGGAGACCCGAUAUUUGCACUUAUGCGUUAAUAUAAUACUGCUAUAAAAAUAUUCUUUCUUUCUUUCUAUUUUGUUUAUUAUUAGUAUUUUUUAUUUUGAUUAUGAUUUUUAUUGUCAUAGAAAGUACUCACAAUUUUUCAUAUUAAAUUAUUAUAGACAAUGUUUUUCUAUCUAAUUAUAAUUAUAUCAACAUUCCGUUACAUUUUAUUUACUCCAUUAUAUUUUUGGCAGUUUAAUCUAUCUCAUCGGGGUCUUUACAGGACGUGUUCAGUAAUACGAAGAUUUGAUUGGUGGACUCGAGAUUAGCCUUCUAAUCAAAACACUUGAAACAAAAUAUUUCACAAAAAAAAUUAAAGGAGAUUGAUUUGUCGAUAAUGGGCUUGACUGUAUUAUUCAGGUGAACUGUUCUAAUUUGUUGACCUCACAGGCCUAGAACGCCCUUUCCUUAAACACAUCUUUAGAUAUUAAUGGAGUCACCAUCCAAAUAAAAUAAACGGAAAAAAAACAUCUAGUUUUAAUUAGAUUGUAUGUUUUUGUGAAACAUUUCACAAACAAACAGGAGGCUAAUGUUUGUUAAUCAAAAUAGUUAUCUCACACAAUCAAAAAUGUUAAUAAAAAACUUGUUAAAGCCAUAUCAGUUUGCUUAGUAGUCUUUUAUCAUCAGGAUUUUUACAUCUGCCAUUUUGGCCAGAUAGAAAAUCAUUAGAGAAAAAUAGGUCUUGUCCAUGGCUGAAGUCUUUUAUACGAGCUCUGGGGUUACCAGACAUUAGUUUUACCCAGCUUGUGUUCCUAUUAAAUACGUGUCAAUAAAUUCUCAGGUAGCGAUACAACUUGAUUCAUUCUAGAUAGAGAACGGGUUUGAAUAUUGUUGAAAGAGGUUAGUACGAGAUAAUGAAUAGAUAUAUAUACUCGGCAACGACUUAAUUUUCUAUCAAGUUUGAGUUUGGUUGGGCACAAUAAUUUAUGAAUCUCAUCAAUUAUGAGAUUUUUAAUAUUUUGAUUACCCGGCAAUUAUAUUAUCUUAGCCUUCUCGAUCGUUUGUUAUUAUAGAUCUAAAUGGACCAUAAAAGGACUGUAUAUAUUAUAAUCUAAUUGACCAUAUUAUAGGUAUGAUUAUUUAAGAUUUCGAUAAAAUUUCGCCUUAUAUAAUAAUAUAUUAUGUGUAGAUUUUUUGAUAAAGCUUU